AUGGGAGGCCAAAACCAGAGGACUCAAUCCGACAUUUCAGUCAUCCACAUCUAUUGUUCCACUCAUCUCUCAAUCCUCAAGAUCAUUCUUCUUAUUCUUGCACACCCUUUCGACAAAAACCAUCUCCUCUCUCUAAUCCCAACUCCCAAAUACCAAGAAGGAAAAUUCCGGUGCGACGCGUGCGGAAAAGACGGUGAUGGUUUCGCUUACCAUUGCGGAGACUGCGGGAUCGAUCUUCACACGGUUUGUGCCAACAUGCCUUCUCGAGUCACGCACCAAUCUCACCCUCACCACCAACUUUCUCUAACGUUUUCUAUGCUACCACCGCGGGGAUCCGGAUCAAGAUCUGCUGCGCCGGUUAGCAGCUUUCGCUGCAGCGUGUGCGGAGGUCUUGGGUCUGAUUCGUGGCUCUAUAGCUGCAAAGAGUGCGGUGGAUUCGAUGCUCAUUUGUUGUGCGCUAGAAGAAAGUUAGCUACUGCUCCAACAAAUUUGGCCCAACAUGGUCUAAACCGGAUGCAACCACAGUUUGUUAAUGUUGCUAGCCCGGUUCUUAAUAACCCUUAUCCUUUGGUGGUGCCGACGACGACGAGUCUUGCGAUUACACCGAUGAUUAAUGAGAUGAUUAACAAUCUUGUAGCAAAUACGCCUCAAGAUCCAAGCCAAGUCUCUCUCGGACCAUUGGCAAUGGGCGGUGGUGGACCGGUUAAUUAG